CUGUCCCGUAAAAUAUCCAGUUUUUAAUCUGAUCGGAGAUCAAUUGCAAUGUAAUCCAAUGGGACGCUUACCGAAAAAUCUGUUUCUCAGAUCAUCUGUAAAGGUUAAGUUUAAUAAAAAUAUAACCUAUAUGCACGAUCGCGUCAUUGUUUUAAAUAUUGAAUUAUUCAUAUAAAUUUGAUGGCUUUUUCACAACCGAAUGCAAGAGAAUUGCAGAAUAGAAAGAUCUUAGAGGAGCUACAGUUGAAGAAGCAGAUGCUUCUGAAACAAGGAGUCGCACCAACUUUAAAUACAUUGGGAGUUUCAUCAACUGGCUCUGUAUCAAAUAUACCUGCAACACAAUCCAAUGAUGGAGUAGCAAUGAGUGCGUCAGCAAGAGCAGCAUUGCAUAAUGCACAUGCAGCUUCGUUUGGUUAUUUCGUUACGCAGGACUCUUCCUUUGGGAAUCUGAUAUUACCAGUUCUCCCUAGGUUUGAUAAUAAAUGAAUAAUGACUGGACUUCGACUUCGUCAAUUAGAGGAAUAUCUACAGCAACUGGAUGUGUUUGAAAACCCAAAAGUCACACUCGAGCAGUAUGCCACCAGUGCACAUAUUGCUGCACAUUUGUUAUACACUGCACAGUCGCAGUUUGAUGAUAUAAAAGGUAAAAGCGUGGCUGAUUUAGGUUCUGGAUGUGGUACAUUGUCAUUAGGUGCCAAGAUGCUUGAUGCUGAAUAUGUAGUUGGAUUCGAGAUAGAUUCUGAGGCAAUUGACAUACAAUAUAGAAAUUGCAGUGACAUAGAACUUUUUGUUGAAGUCGUACAAUGUGAUGUGCUGCAAUAUUUACCAGGAAAAUUUGAAAAAUACUUUGAUACUGUUAUAAUGAAUCCACCUUUUGGCACUAAAAACAACGCCGGCAUUGACAUAAAGUUCUUGGAAGCAGCAAUCAGGCUUUCGUCUAAUACAGUUUACUCUCUGCAUAAAAGCAGCACACGAGAUUACGUUCUAUCAAAAGCGACACAACUCGGCGCGAGAGGAACAGUGAUAGCCGAACUCAGAUACGAUUUGCCGAGAGCUUAUAAAUUUCACAAAAAAGCAUCUAUCGAUAUUCAAGUGGAUUUUAUACGAUUUGAAUUAAAGCGUUAAUUCAUUUUUGCAAAAACACGCCUGUUUAAUUUAUUCGAACUUGAUGCCCUGAGCCAAAGGUAGCUCAUUUCCGUAAUUGAUCGUAACAGUAGCACGUCGCAUAUAAUGUUUCCAUGCAUCGCUUCCACUCUCACGGCCUCCACCCGUAGCCUUUUCACCACCAAACGCGCCGCCUAUCUCGGCACCGCUAGUACCAAUGUUGACAUUGACUAUUCCACAAUCUGAUCCAUGAGAGCCAAUCCACUGUAUGACGAAUGAAAUUCGAUAAGUAUAUAAUAUAUUCUAUUUAUACAUUGUAUAAA